CAAGCUUUAAUUUCAUGGAAUGUCAAACAUUCGCGAGCAACCCGUGUUCGAGGUGAUAGAACGUCAGUGGUGGCUCUUUCACGACUUGUCAUUUUGCGCCUCUUGGUGGGCCGGGUGUGUUUGUCAUCUUCCAACCUCUGAAUUACAUUACGGCACUAGCAUUGAGAAUGGGCCCUCAAGCGCCGAUUGUUGCGGCACAGAAAAGGACCAGAGCAAGUAGUUCUCGUUCGAAAUAUGGAUGUAUCACAUGCAAGUUGUUUACGCUGCCAAGACACUGGAAGAAAGUGCGAUGGCUACGGACCUAGGAAUCCUCUUCCAAGUCUAAAAUCACAAUCAAAGCCAAAGCCAACCUCGAAUCCGCUGGUAAUAGAGCGCAAAUUGCUACCGAUCACUUUGGGAACGACAGUACUUCAGUCACGAGUGCCAAUCACUGUCCAAUGCAAAGACGUCCAAGAGGAGCAGUAUCUACAAUUCUUCUUUGCAGAGACUGCGGGAGACCUCUCAGGAGGGUUUGAUAACCCACUUUGGAGCGAUAUAGUAUUACGGGCAUGCAACGAAGAGCCCUGCAUUCUUCAUUGUGCAGUUGCUCUUUCGGCUCUUGACAAAUCCUGCAGAGCCAAGAUGACAAAACCUCCUGAGCCUACUUCCGAAGAACAUCAUCGGUACGCUCUACGAAGAUACGACACAGCUAUACAUGAAGUCAGGGAGUUGCUGCAACGUAGACAGGAUUCCUUGAGGACGGUUCUGAUUGCAUCGCUUCUAAUCUUCUGCUUUGAAAGCUUUCAUGGCGAUAUAAGACUAGCAUUAAACAACGUCAAAGGUGCCGUGGAACUUAUGUAUGCUUGGCUUUCGGAACAGGAUGGGACUAUAGCGCCAGGUCAUUUCUCCCCCGCACCGGAUGUUAUCGAGGACGAAAUUGUUUCUGCAUAUACACGGUUGGAUAUUCAUCUCCUAAGUUGGAUCGAUGCCCCACUACCUUCUCGCGGAAAGAUUCUUAGAUUCGCAACCACGGAGACUUUUCAUAUCCCUGAAGCUUUCAAGAGUAUGAUUGAUGGCAAAGUCGCCUUCGACCACGUUACCAACCACAUUUUCCAAUACCUAGGCUCAAUCCAGCGCAGCAAGGCGCAGGCUUCAGAAGAAUCGACACCUAAAAGCCAUAUAUCUGAGAACUCGAUUUCAGAAGAGCCAAUAGCGGCGACCGAGUUGCGACAAUGGAUGAAAGCUUUCGAGCCUGUGCUUGUAAGCGCUCGCACUCACGGUGGUGUCAAUGAUUUCGUUGGCUUUACAAUACUUCGAAUACACGCUAUAACGGUCGAAAUCUGUGUUCGUUCGGCUCUUUUCGAAACCACAACAACUCAAGCAUAUGACGUCUUUCUCCCAGAAUUUCGCGAGAUGGUUGCCCUCAGCAGCGCCAUCGUCAAUCACCCUCGCUUCCUCAAAUCGUUUGUUUUCAACAUGGGGUUCGUGCCGAGCCUGUUCAUUAUUGUCACAAAGUGCAGGGACAAGACGGUAAGGCAGGAGGCGAUUGAUGUGCUGAAAGCUGCACAUCCAAGAAGAGAAGGUGUUUGGGAUUGCUUGAUGGUAGCCAGGAUUGGUGAAGAAUUGAUCAGAUCAGAAGAGGAGGAGCUACGUUCUGGGCGAAUGGAAGAAAAGAUCGAAAUUCACCUUGCUUGUCUGAAUAUGUAUUUCGAAUUACCCAGGCCGCCUAGGACAUUGGAGGAUAUCGAAAUGAAGAGAAAUAGGCAAGGAGGCCGUGGAUAUCUACUGGAUUGGGUAGAGCGUUGUGUCGAUAUGAAUGUCGUCGCUGGACCAUGA